CUUUUGGUUUCCCGGUGAAUAGUGCGUGCGGGAUCACAAGUGCCGAGCAGCCAAGUGUGUACGAGCCUCUAUGUGUGCGGCCCGUAGUCGAGUGUGCGUUGUCGCGCUGCCGCCGCUGCCGGCGCUCGGAUCCCUCGUCGGCCUCCACGGACGGUGGAUUUAUCAGGCGCGGCGUCGUCUCCCCUAGGCGCGUUUCGGACCUUCGCCAUCCCUUCGCCCUCGCCACCCCUCGGCAGCGACAACGACGACGACGACGACGACGACGACGACGGCGGUGGUGGUGGUCCAUCGACUGUGGACAUCGACUCGACUUUGACUUUCUGGCUUUGGUUGUCUUGGAUACUAAUAUCUCACUCCGCUUUUCGUCGCUUCGGUCCAAAGGCGCGGAAUAAUUCGAAACAACGGCUCGCUUCGUCUCUCCUGCAGAAAACAAUCCUCCGUUAUUAGACGACUGCAAUAAGCGUAAUCGCCGGCUCGAAAGUAACGUACCCGGCACUCUCACGAAAGAAUCGUAAAGGAGAAACGGAUGAUUGCAACGAGCUCCCAAUUAAAGAAAUGGAUACAGUAAUUACAAAGCCGCGUCGGCGACUAGGAAUACGGGCCAAUUCGGCGCGUUAAAUGCUCCCCCGGCGAUUCACGUUCCAGCCGGGGCUCUCGCGGAUUUGGGAUGGCCUUCUGGGAGCAAAAGCGGCAAGAGCAGCAGCAACAGCAGCAGCAACAGCGAUAUCGGAUCAAACUCAGUUAACAAGCCCGUGUCGUCGCUGUAUCGGUCGCGCAAGUAGAUAGAUUUUAAAUCGAGUCAACUGUGGGACAACGGUAACAAAGUUAACACGGCAAAAUAAUCCAGGGGCGAUUGGCUCGCGUAUUCCGUAUAUAAUGAAAGCACAUGAGACGAGACGGUAGUGGACCCCGAGGAUGGUGGAUGCUGCGAGGAAGAAAUUGAAUUCUGUUUUUACACGCCGCCUAAUCGCUCGACACAUCGCGGUGUCAAGGGAGAUUCUAUUUGAUGCGGAACACUGAAAAAUGUAGAUACAAAUAUAGUUACAAAGAAGACACUAUUAACCCCAUCCUAUUUCAUCGAAAUCUUUCGUGUGUAUCGACAGUAUCCACGAUCGAUCGCGAAAGUGUACAGGCUAUAAAAUAUAACGCUACGUCAACGUCGAAGAGAACCGUACCGGAUGUCGCAAGGAAAAGGAAUGACACGGUAAGAGGACCUAGAGACAGCCAAUCUCAGGAAUGUGACGUGUGGCAGAAUUCCGUGUGAGGAAAUCAGUAUCUUCGAACGGAAAUCGUGGAACGAGAGAAAGGGAGGAACAUACGGAAUAAUAGAUCGACAUACGGGAUCGACAAAGACUCGUUCCAACAAGUGUCCUUACGGAUUCAAAAGUUUCCUGCCCGACAUCGUCUUCGUCGCGAAGCGGCGUUGACUGUGUUAUGGAAUGAAUCGAUGCCCGGACGGGGCAUCUAAGUGUCCACGAUCAUCAUCUUCAAUACGAGCAUCAUGACCCCGAUAAUGCGGCUGCUCCUUCUAUCCGCUCUGCUGGCCAUACAAUCCUGCUCGACCGUCUGCUCAGCGAGCAGCGAUGGUAAGCCUAAUGGCCCGAUCUUCAAUCUGGAUCACACUGUUCUGGAAAAGAACUUAGCGGCGAUCUUCAACAAGGUGGCACAUAGUUCCGCGACCACGAAGCGCAGUGUGCCGGCAUACGAUGCUCAAGUGUCGGCUAGCACAACGUUGUCGACGGUACCAUCGCCAUUAACCACCAGUACGAUCACCAGUACAACCACCGCUAGCCCGUCGAUACCCGCUAUUAAGUAUCCGGCGGUGCCACGAGCCACAGCAUCGCCCGUCUUUCGAGAUCUACCGUCGUACGCGCCGCCUUCCAGGGCACUCUUCACGCCACCCCUACCGCCGGAGUACCUGCACCCAUUCGCCGAUAAACCCACGCUGCGAGGCACCAACUCGGACGUGCAUACCAAUAACAGGAGACCGGUACCGCCACCGAGCUUGACGCCGGCGCACGAGCGGAUACCCAUCCGACCGCCGGAUCUACCUCAGAGUCCUUCUCAAGUACCAGAGAGGCAUCAUUCUCAUACGAGGAACAAACCGGUAAAUGUGCCCGACAGCAGAGAGCAGAGGCCGGCGGAAUCUGGUGAGGCCGAUCGAAAGAACGGCACGAACGAUCCUUCGUUCGUGACUCUUCAUUACCCCAGUAUUUCUAGGAUCUUGUCUGGCAGCAACGGCAGAAAACAGGAUAUUCCCGAUAUCCUGUUAAAGCCUUUAGCUACGAAAAGUCCGUUGCUGCCGAAUAUUCCUCCUGCCCCAACGACCGAUAAAACUACGUCGCUGCCGAGCACCAUGACGCCAAAAGCGCCCGGCAGUACCGUGGAUCCUUCGAAGAUUGCCGUCACGCAGCCGACGAUCUUCAACCUACCAAACACUGGCCGACAGGACGACGACGGCUAUCAUCACGGCCUGAGAAACGAACACGACACUGAUAGUAUCGAAAUAGUGGAUACGGAGAGGUUACCGUAUCCGCAAGCGCAGCCGCCAGCGCCAACGCCAAAGCGACCAGCAAACGUCGACGACGACGACGAUGAUGACCGUUUGGUACCGCACGUCGACACGCAUCCACUUGAGUCUACGUGGCGAAUCGCCUGGUCGCUACACGUGUAUGUCGCGGCGAUUAUGUUUACGCUCAUGGCCUUGUAUUCGAUCUACAAGAUCGUGCGUUUCAAUGAAGCAACGAAUCUACUCACGCAAUCGUACUUCCUAGCCGUUCAUCUACUGUUGACUACAAUCUGCACUCUGAGGUGCUUUCACCUCUUUUACGACGCUUACAAUCUCGGACAUUCGCUGCCGGAGUCAUUGUCUAGAGUGCUAAUGUACCUGCCGGCACCACUCUUGUCUACGGCGUUUGCUACUCUGAUGUUGUACCUUGCCCGGUGCUCGGAAGCACCAUCGCUUAACAACAACAUCCUCUCGCCUAUUACGCUCGUAUUUUCAUCCACGGUGCACAUUAUACUGUGCGUAUCCCUGCACGUGUCCGCGCACAUGCUCGGCUAUCAGGACGAGGCGAGAAUCCUGCCGCUCAUCUGCCAGUGCAUUUACAUCAUCGUCUGCAUCACGCUAGGUCUAUGCUACAUGUACGUGUACCGCGUGGUGCGUUCGCAGAUUCAUAUGGCCAGCAAUAAGGCAGCCGGCGCAAAUCACAUGAUGGGCGCCGAUCCUACUACAGUGGCUCUCAGCACUGCCAUCACCACUACUAUUGCCACCGCUCUGUUGUUCAUCCUGAUGGGCCUCGUGCAACUCUACGGCGUAUUCGGCGUUCAGGAACGUCCGCAACAAUUUCCAUGGCUCUGGUGGGGCUGGCAAUUCUCCGUCAGAUUACUAGAGCUAUCCGUUUGUGGUCUCCUAGCCUGGGUUGCCAGCUUAUCUCAAUAUCCGUUGCGCGAGAAACAGAUGCAGCAACACUCGGCACACUCGGGCUUCGCUCUGUUCCCCUGCGGCAGUUCCACCUCUACGGAAAACAUGGACGACGUACUCUACCCCGCCAUAUGUAGUACCAACCAAGCGAUUCAAAAUUAUACCAUGAGAACGGGAAAACAAGUCUACGACGAUAGUUUUCCACUGAAUACUUUGCCCGAGCAUUUGAACAUAUCAGGUACCUUUGAGAGACAUUCCAUCCGCAAGUCAGGUACAAUGGGCCACUUUCCUCACGAAGGUCGGGAUUCCUUAAGUCGCCAUGGAAACGGUAUACAAACCCUAAGGAACUCGGAGACUCGCGGGAGGCAUACGCCUGUACAAGGCCUACACGAACAAGCUCCAACCAGCGGCUCGACGAUGCUAGUCGCCGAGGAUGGCUUCGUUAGGUUCCGGAGUCUUGGUGCAGAGGAGGAUGAGCUGUCCGAUACGCAGAGCAUGGUCGGCCCUCACGGCAGGGGAAGUUCGCUCGCCGGUAGUGUUAGAUAUAAUGCGAGGCAUCCCACAGUACAGCAUCAACACCCCCAUCAGCACCAACACACGCUGCAACACUCGCAUCCGAGUCAACAUCAAACCCACCACCAACUUUAUAACAACACAUAAAGGCUGUGCCAACGCGAUGACUAGAACGUGAUUCUUGUUGAUUCGACGUAACGAUCGUCGUCGAUGAAACAUAGGAUAUAUCGACACCCGCGAGAAUCGUCGCCCUCGCAAACUUCGGUCUAAACUAAUUUUAUCUCGUACUCUAUGUAAGAUAUGUCCUGUGUAUAGACAACCUAAUUGCCA